CCGAGCAGACAACAAUAUUGAAAAUGGGCCUCCGACACUGGUGACUCGAAAACAAAGUUUACAAUAUGUUUUCCAAUCUGCUUUUUGACGCGGACAAUUAAGUGACAAAUGUAUCGUGAAAACUUUAAAAAUGUAUCUUAACGUUACUCCAUGAACUUUUAAUAAUCGUCGAUUACCCUAUUAUUAUUAAUUUAACAAGCUUCGAGGUCGAGAGGUUAUUCAAUUUUUCAGAAAAAUUUGUAAAUUUGACAUACAUUUUUUUGUGGCAAGUGUUAGCUUCAUGUAUAUAAAAGUUACAAACGAAGUAGACGGUAAAAAUGCCUCGCUUAUCGAUGUUACCUCGCACCUCGCGAAUCGUCGCCUUGUGCUCUGCAGCAAAUUUCAUCAAUGCUGCAGAUCGGGUCAUAAUGCCGAUUGCCAUUGUUCCUAUGACUGAUGAAUAUAAAUGGAAUUUGCAUUGGCAAGGAUGGAUUCACUCUGCCUUUGCUUUUGGUUAUUUUUCAAGUCAAAUUAUUGGAGCUAAUACGGCCAAUCGUUUUGGGUGCAAAACUGUCUUGAUGGCAGCUGUGUUGUUGUGGUCCAUAAGCACUGUUGUAACGCCACUUAUUGCACAUUCAAUUAAUUUACUUGUAAUGACAAGGGUUAUUCUUGGACUUGGAGAAGGUCUAGGUUUACCUGUGAUAUUUCAUCUGUUUGCUCACAGUGUGCCUGUAGAAGAACGAUCUAGGGCUUUUGGCUACCUUGUCGCAGCUGGAUCAGUUGGUCAAGUGGUAGCAUCAAUUAUUUGUCCACAUUUACCUUGGCGAACAGGUUUUUAUUUAUUUGGCAUAAUAGGCAUCAUCUGGACUGUCUUGUGGACGAUUUUAUAUAAAGAAACAAAUUCAAUUGAAGAAAUACCAAUAUUUUUACCUAAAGGACCACAAAAUAGAAAUUUGAAAUGGGUGGAAUUCAUUUCACACUGGCCAUUGUGGGCCUUGUAUAUAGCUCACUUUUCUAUGAACUGGAGUAAUUAUAUAAUUAUGCAAUGGUUACCAACUUACCUUUCAAGAAAUUUAUCUGCAAACAAAGAAAGCAUAAGUUUAACAGCCAUUCCAUAUAUUGUCAAUUCACUUGUCGGAAUCAUGGCCGGUCACAGUGCUGAUAAUCUAAUUCAAAAACGGUGGUCUAUUUUGUCUGUGAGAAGAUUGAUGACCAAUAUAGGAUUGAUUGGACCUGGAGCUUUCUUAUUAGCUUUUUGCGCUGUUGACAAUUUAUUAUUAGCUGUCAUAUUUGUAUCUAUAUCAAUGGGAUUGUGCGCAUGCAACUCAUCAGGGCAUCUCAGUAAUCAUGCUGAUGUUGCACCAAACCAUGCAGGAAUAACAUUUGCAGUAUCUAACACUAUUGCCACAAUACCAGGAAUUUUAAGUGGACCAAUUACUGCGGAAUUAGUGACAACAUCAGGUGGACGAUGGUUACCAGUAUUUGUUCUUGCGGCUGCGAUAAAUUUCACUGGUGCCAUUAUUUAUCAAACUCACAGUUCUGCCCAACCGGUACUGUGACAGUUCCAGCCACGACCAGAUGAAUCAGUUGAUAGUUUUGCUCCACUUAAAGAGCACAGUGUAUAUUAAAACUCUUCAGUGUCUUAAUAGUGAAUAAUGAAUAGUUGGUAUGAUUGACAAUCUGUAAAAAGUGUAGGGUGAAUUGUUAUUGUUGACCAUAUCAAACAAACCCAAGGUGAUAAAAAAACUAUAUUUUCAUAUGUUAUUGAAUGAUACUUCAAUUCAGGGUCAAAAUAGUGCACAAAAAAUCAAAUAAAUAAUUCCAUGAAUUAAUUUUUUGUGGGUUUCAAUAAUUUUAUCAUACAAAACUUUAAUUCUUAAAUACUAAUGUAGUUUAAGAAAUUCAUGUGUUAAAAAUGAUGAUUCUUGAUUUAUUAGUCGUCAAGCGAUAUUGUACUAUUCUACACGUGAAUUUUUUUUAUGAACCAAAAAUUAAACAUUUUUCGUGCACAAAUUUCCCUUUGAUUUGACACUUUGGUAUCUAUAAAAAGUUAUUAUCUAUUCAAUAAUAUAAAAUUAUGUACCAUUGACUAAUUUUAAAUAUUAAUUAAAAUUUUUACCGAUAAUUUUAUAUUAUUUUAUGCAACUGAUAUUGAUGAACUUAAGCCUAAAAUUUUAUUUUAUAAAAUGAGAAAAAUUCAAAGUAAUUUUAAAUUUUAUUAUCUAGAAAAUUGAUCCACGGCAAUGUGAUUUGUACAUAAUAAUACGAUAAAUCGUAUAUUUGUUUACUUAUAAUGUAAUUUUAUGUCUUUGAGUAGAAUCAAAGUUCCUAAACUAAAAUAUAUGUACUUGUAAAAUAACGAUGAAAGUAUGAAGUAAAAUAAUUUUUCUUUUCUCAAAGAACAAA